CCCAUCCAGCGCCGUCUCCGGAACCGGCAGUUGGAGAAGCCGUGGCCGUCGCCGUAGCAGCAGGAGUAGCCGCAGCCGCUCCGGAGCCGCCGGGAUGACCGCGUCCCGCCGCCCCGUUCUCCGGCCCCGGCUUUUCUGACAGGAGGAGGGCCAGGCCUGAAGUACAAGAGAGAACCGUCUCCCUGAGAUGAAAGAUGGUGAGUCCGUAGUGUCGCUUGGAAGAGUGUUGAAGAUUUUUUUUUUUUUUGCGCCGGGAAGGGGGCCCUGACAUCUGUGCUAGGAAAAGCAACAACCCGAAAAGCAUGAAGCAGAAUGCUCUCCAACACAAACAGGAAGUUGCUCACCGGAUCCGUUGGCUCGAAAGAAUAGUGAUGUGAGACAACUGCAGAAGUGAAUAUUUGAGAAGACUUCAUGCGAAGAUCACACUAGGGCUUUUCCAAGCUCCUCUUCGUACCGUAUUGGCAGGAUCAACGAGCGCUCCUCCAUCGCAGUCAUGGUCCAGAAAUACCAGUCCCCCGUGAGGGUGUAUAAGCACCCUUUCGAGUUGAUUAUGGCGGCCUACGAGAGGAGGUUCCCCACGUGCCCUCUGAUCCCCAUGUUUGUGGACAGCGACACUGUGAGCGAAGUUAAGAGUGACGACGGGGCCAUCCAUGUCAUCGAGAGGCGCUGUAAACUGGACAUCGAUGCCCCCAGACUGCUCAAGAAGAUUGCGGGAGUCGAUUACGUUUACUUUGUCCAGAAAAACUCCUUGAACCGCCGGGAGCGGACUUUGCACAUAGAAGCGUACAACGAAACCUUCUCCAACCGAGUCAUCAUUAAUGAGCACUGUUGUUACACGGUUCACCCAGACAACGAAGACUGGACCUGCUUUGAACAGUCUGCAAGUUUAGACAUCAAAUCUUUCUUCGGCUUUGAAAGCACCGUGGAAAAGAUUGCCAUGAAACAGUACACCAGCAACAUUAAAAAAGGAAAAGAAAUCAUCGAAUACUACCUGCGCCAGAUGGAGGAGGAAGGCAUAACGUUUAUACCCCGCUGGACCCCCGCCCCUCUGACCGGUUCCUCCGAAAAGAGCGUGUCGUGCACGCCGCGGCCCGUGUCUCCCGCCAUCAGCAUCCCGGACCCGCCCCCGAAGGAAGGGCCGACGAGUGAGAUGCUCAGCAGCUCGAACAGUCCCACCGAGCCUGCGGCAGGAACGCCAGACGAUAAAUUGGAUGCGGAUUACAUCAAGAGAUACCUGGGGGACCUGACGCCCCUGCAGGAAAGCUGUCUCAUCCGACUCCGACAGUGGCUCCAGGAGACCCACAAGGGCAAGAUCCCAAAAGACGAGCACAUCCUGCGGUUCCUACGGGCCCGGGACUUCAACAUCGACAAAGCCAGGGAAUUCCUCUGCCAGUCUCUCACGUGGCGGAAGCAGCACCAGGUGGACUACCUCCUGGACACCUGGAACCCUCCCCAGGUCCUCCAGGACUACUACGCGGGAGGCUGGCACCAUCACGACAAAGACGGCCGCCCCCUGUACGUGCUCAGGUUGGGGCAGAUGGACACCAAAGGCUUAGUUCGAGCCCUCGGAGAGGAAGCCCUGCUGAGAUACGUGCUCUCUAUAAAUGAAGAAGGACUGAGGCGGUGUGAGGAAAACACUAAAGUGUUUGGUCGACCUAUCAGCUCGUGGACCUGCCUGGUGGACCUGGAGGGGCUGAACAUGCGGCACCUGUGGCGCCCAGGCGUCAAGGCCCUGCUCAGGAUCAUUGAGGUGGUGGAGGCCAACUACCCCGAGACCCUGGGUCGCCUCCUCAUCCUCCGCGCCCCGAGAGUGUUUCCGGUCCUGUGGACCCUGGUCAGCCCUUUCAUCGACGACAACACCCGGAAGAAGUUCCUUAUUUACGCGGGCAACGACUACCAGGGUCCCGGAGGCCUGCUGGACUACAUCGACAAAGAGAUCAUCCCGGACUUCCUGAGCGGAGAGUGCAUGUGUGAAGUCCCCGAGGGCGGGCUAGUGCCCAAGUCCCUGUACCGGACGGCGGAGGAAUUGGAGAACGAAGACCUGACCCUCUGGACGGAGACCAUCUAUCAGUGCGCCAGCGUUUUCAAAGGCGCGCCCCACGAGAUCUUAAUUCAGAUCGUGGACGCCGCCUCCGUCAUCACUUGGGAUUUUGACGUGUGCAAAGGGGACAUCGUCUUUAACAUCUACCACUCCAAGAGGUCCCCGCAGCCCCCGAAGAAGGACUCCCUGGGAGCUCACAGCAUCACGUCGCCGGGCGGGAACAACGUGCAGCUGAUAGACAAAGCGUGGCAGCUGGGGCGGGACUACAGCAUGGUCGAGUCCCCUCUGAUCUGCAAGGAAGGGGAGAGCGUGCAGGGCUCGCACGUGACCCGCUGGCCCGGCUUCUACAUCCUGCAAUGGAAGUUCCACAGCAUGCCGGCCUGCGCCGCCACCAACCUGCCCCGCGUGGACGACGUGCUGGCUUCUCUCCAGGUCUCCUCCCACAAGUGCAAGGUCAUGUACUACACGGAGGUCAUCGGCUCCGAGGACUUCAGGGGCUCCAUGACCAGCCUGGAAUCGAGCCACAGCGGGUUCUCUCAGCUCAGCGCCGCCACCACCUCGUCCAGCCAGUCCCACUCCAGUUCCAUGAUUUCCAGAUGGCGAUUUUGCUGACAACGGCAGAGAAAAUGCUCCACUCAACAGUCCACAUCUGCCCAGGGAUGUUUGUAGGAACAAUUUGAAUUUCAGCCACUUUCCCCCCCAAGCCUGAAGAUGUAUUUUUUUAAAGUUUGCUCAGAAGUGGCACUUGUUUUCGGUAUUUCCUCUUUCUUCCUUUCCCCCAGUAGUCUAAUACAUCUUGAAAAGCCCCGAGCACAUUUGCCGCACAAAUGCUUUUAGGGUUUCUUCUUGAGAAAAGCAAGAUCCAAUUCUCUCCUUGAGAGAAUCGUUGCGGGCAACACGACUUGUUUAUGCGGUUUGAAAGAUGCCUGUUGAAAAUCUGGACCCUCUCUCCUUUCCUGGUUUCUUUUUAAAAAAUGUGAUAGAAUUACCACCGGCCUCACUCCUCCUCCUCGAUGAUUCCGUUUUGCUUCGUUCUCUCUCCCCCUCCCCCCACACCUCCCCGGUCUCCAUGGUCCCAGUAUCUUUAACCCACCCUCCUCCCUGAUUUCAUUAUUUGCAUAUCAAAUUCUGUAAAUGUUUUGUAAACAUAUUACCUCACUGUUGGUAAUAAGAUACAGAUAGUCUUUAAAAGAUUUUUUUAUUGUUCUCAAUAAUAAAUGUGAACAGUUUGAAAAAAAAA